AUGUCGGAUGUCCGAACUUCCUUCUACGGUUCUACUUGGGUUUCUUCGGGCGAUGUUCCUCCCGGACCUAGUGACGAUUCGCCGCAGCGACAUAGUGAUGGCGUAGCUGCUGAUCGCGGCGACGCAGGAGAUGGCCCUGUCUCUCAUGAUGUUCAUGGGGCAGGCGAAAGAGACGACGACUGGACCAGGGACGAUCCUUGGUCCAAGGGACGGAGUGGAGACCAGGCUGUCGCUUGGUGGGGACACUCCGAGUGGGGAAGCUACGCCCACUGGGAUUCUCGAGGUGAACCUUGGGACACUCGGUGGCAGAACCACGAGCGUGUCUGGCAUGAUCGGCGCCAGAGCUACGGGGGGACCUGGGGGUCCACCUCGACCGGGACCGGCUCUGUGCAUGAGAGCCCCUCGCGAGACUACGAUCAUCAAGAACAAGGCGCCGAGGCCUGGAGGACGCGUGGUGGUGCUGCUAUGCCUGGCGGAUGGCAGCCUCAGAAACUUGGCUGCGACCUGACCUCUGCUCCCAAGACCGGAGAGAGUGCCAGGGGGCCGUCCGAGAAGAUGGUGGUCCCUUCCUUCGCCGGGACCCUGGAAGCGGGGACCGAGGACAUCGGGGCCAGUGCGAGGUCCUACUUGAGGCAGAUUGCGGCUUGGCGCCGCAUGACGAGGAUCGACUCUUCGAGGCAGGCCUUGACUCUUUAUCAACACUUGUCGGGCAAGGCUUGGAUUGAUGCGGAGCGUCUCGAUGUUGACAAGCUCGCCGGCGAAGAUGGAAUGGAGUACUACCUGAGUUGGGUUACGGACAGAUACUUGGAUGUUCAGGUGACGCAGAUCGGCAGAUCCCUCGGCGACUUCUUCCGCCGACUCCGCCGACAACAAGGCCAGUCUGUCCGCGACUACAUGAGCGACUACGAUCGGGCGUUGGCGAGGUUGCAAGAAUGCGGGUGCCACUUACCUGAUAUUGCUGCUGCUUGGGUGUUUGUGGACAGGAUGGCCCUGUCCGAGGAGCAAGAGCUGAACCUCCUGGCGUCCGUCCAGAACGAGUACUCUUUGAAGCGUCUGCAGCAGGCGGCAAUAGUGCAGGACAGGAGCUUGCGCAAGCCUUGGGAGCCGAACAACAGCUCUCAACGCCAGGAUCGUGGAAGCAAAUGGUGGAGCUCUCGCCGCCCUCAGCAGGCGAAUAUGGCUGAUGAUGGCCAUCCUGACGAGGACGACCCCGGCGACCUCUUCCCGACGGACGACCAGUCCGAGUGUGUACCAGAGCAUGUGGCUGAGGAACUCUUUGAGGCCUUUAUGACUCAUGAAUCCGCAAAACAGAAGUACAAGGAGCUUAGCAAACUUCGAGGAGCGGACCCGGAGGGCAUGCGCCAACUCGCUGCUGAUCGCCUCCAGCAGGCAAAGAACAAGUCGUUCUGCUCAGGGUGCCGAAGGAGGGGGCAUUGGCACAAAGACCCUGAAUGUCCCUUGAAUCAGGGAGGCGGGAACGGUGCUAUCUCUAAGGGUCCGAAGUCGUCACCUCCGAAUGCCAACAAGGACGACGUGCCGAAGACCAGCUAUGCUUGCCACUAUGUCUAUGUGACCUGGGAUCUGGACCAGAAGGUUGCCACCGCCAAUCUGACCGCGAUCACCGACACGGCCUGCUCGAGGAGCGUGGCGGGGGUGCCAUGGAUCGAGAAGUACAUGGUCGAAGCCCGGAAGAUCGGUUUUGUGCCUGAGACGGUGAUGUGCAAGGAUGCUUUUAAGUUUGGGGCAAGCCGCAUCUUUGAUUCCUCCUACGCUGUCGUGUUGAGCUUUGGAGUGGGAGGCCACUCUAUCUUGCUUCGUGUGGCAGUGGUGAACGGGGACGUCCCUCUCUUGAUUUCGAGGCCAGCCUUGGGGCAGCUUGGAAUGAUCAUGGAUGUAGCGGCCAACAAAGCUUCUUUUCGCAACCUCGGUGUCCAGGAUCUCAGUCUUUUGUCGACGGACACGGGCCAUCCGGCCCUCCCCGUACAGCCGUUGACUGUUAGCGCCGCGGCCAUCAAGAGCUGCGAUUGGCAGGACCGCGAGCUGCUGAUUGUUCCGAAGUCCCAGCAAUACACGGCGUUCAUGACAGUGCAUAGCUGUGAGCCUUCAGAUGAUGAUGAGAGCGCAUGUCGUGUCGAAGCCCCUCCUCUUCUCCCUGGUCUGUCGGUCAACAGUGCAGAAAGUCCUCAGGUAACUACAAGCCCCAAGGUGUUCUAUCCGAAGAAGAUCAGCAUUGAAGCCUCCAACCUUCUUACUUCAGAUAAGAUGAAUCCAACAAGUUUCAUGGCGUGGUGGUCCCAAACAUCGAUCUCCAACGACUUCUGGAUAGAGGAUGAGUUUCAGCUGCACCGUAUUCAUGUUGUCCCUAGGCGAACCUUCUUUGAUCCCCGCGGUUGGGCCACUUCAAAGGGCGAUCAGAAGUCUGCUCUUCUCGAGGCUCUGGGCCCCUCCCGUGUGCGGCUUCGCUCCAACCUCAUGGCCUCCAGUGCCCAGCUUCUGACGGCUCCCGUGGUGACCAAGAAGAAAGGGCUAUGGGAACUACGCCGCGAGGAGUUGAUCGCGGAGGCGAACGCACGCGGGCUGAUGACUCACCCGAAGUGGACGGUGCCCGAACUGAGGAGCAUCAUUCAGGAGGACAUGAAGAAGAGCUCGGCGGCAUCAUCCGGGACCCCGUUCGAGGCGACCCCCCUGACCAAGAUGACUGUGAAGGACUUGGAGGAUGCCCUGGAGGCCUCGGGUAUGGCGGUGCCGGAGAAGGCCAACAAGGGAGUUCUCAUGAGGCUCCUCCGCGACCAAGGAGGUCUGGGCCCUCAGACCGUCCUCUCCUUCGGAAGGUUUCGUGGUCAGAUGUACCAGGAGACCCCGAUCUCGUAUCGACGAUGGGCAGUGCGAGAAGUCGCGGGGAACAACGGGGCCCAAGAGGAUCUGAGGAUGUAUGCGACAUGGGCGGCCAAGGCCCUCGAGGUGACGGACGGCUACAUGGCUUCGUCGACCCCGACUCCCUUUCCGGACUCCGAGGAGAGCGCGAAGGUACCCUACCACCCGGAAUCCUUCGGAGGGAGUUCCUGGGACCUGGUGCCGACGGGCGAGACGAACGACUACAAGAUCAAGUCCAAGGCGAAGGCGGGGACCAUCUUCAGUGGCACCAUCUUCGACGAGCCGCAUGGAGCAGGAAGUGGACCCGGAAGUCAUGGACGAGGUCCAGUACCUCCAGGCGAGACUGGCAGUCCUCCAAGACCGCCACGGGAUCCCGCCGUCCGGGAACCUGCCCUGAACUGCGAGUUCGAGACCGCCGCCUACACCGAUGCCGAGGUCUUCUAUGACCGUGAUGAUUUCGCUCCCAAUGCGAACCUUGGCAAGCACGGUGGCGGGAACUAUGAGGCUGGCAGGGACCAGCACUGUGGGAGCAGCAAAGUUUUGACCCAGGCCGACGGAGAUCGGCCUGAAGGAAUGAAGCUUCGACCUCUGAAUGUCAUCGCAAUCCCGUGGGACUACCCGGACUACCUGGCCGUGAUCUUCAAGCUUCUAGCAGCGGUGGUGCUACCGGAUGGUCUGGCAGUGGACUCCCUAGUCUCCGAGAUGGCUGUCUUUACGUUGGUGAUCCUUGUUCUCACGUGGCAUUCGACCAAGUCGUCGAGGAGGUCUACCUACAAGAUGAGUCCACAGGCAGUCGGGUUCCAGUUGACAGCUCAGGACGACAGCUCGAGGAAGCUGCUGCUGCCGCUCUCAAAGAAAAGCGAUUCUCUCUGGAAGUCCUACGUGAUCUACUACCUCUGA